GUUCAUCGCCCAUGAGGCCGACCGUGUGGCCCCCUCAACGUUGUCAGGCACCAUUAGCGCCCUUGCGGACUGGCAGCGCGCGAAGGGUUUUCCGGCGGAGGCCUCCAUCCGCCGGAACCCAUUGGUGCAACGCACGCUGAGGCAGGCGUGGCGUGCCCGGGCGCCGGCGGCAGCCGCCACAGCUGGCGGCGAUGCAGGGGCCGAGCCGCUGCCGCAACGUACGAAGGAGGCGUUCCCGGUGCCGCUUCUGCGGCUCCUAUUGGGCUGGCUGGCAGCGACGGCGGACGGGGCGCCAGCGCGCCGAGCGGAGCUCGAGCAGGAUGCGUGUUGGCUGGUGGUGGGUUUCUUUGGGAUGCUGCGGAGAAGCGAGCUGGCGGGGCUGCGGCUAGGUGACGUGCAUUCGCUGACUGGUGGGGUUCACGUGGUGCGGAUAACGAGGAGCAAGACCGAUCAGGUUGGGG